AUGAUCCGUAAUUCUGAUAAACUUAACUAUACAUGGAUGGCAACAGGUCAGCAAUUCAAUUACACCUAUUGGAAGGUUAAUAAUCCUGAUUUUACUAACAACAAUGAAUAUUGUGUGGAAAUCGGUUGGGGCUCUGAUAUGGAAUGGAAUGAGUUAUCAUACAAAUACGGUUUAAUCUGUGAACAAAACGAACUAGUAGGGUUAAAGCAUAACAAUGCGCAAGUACUAGAAAAUUUACAGGAAAUAACAAAAAGUUUGAAUGCAUUGCGACAAGAAGUGCAAGAUCAUGAUCAGCUUAAAGAGAACUUAAGCAUAUACAUAAUAAGGCGUGAAAAAUUACAGCAAGAACUUUCAUCAAAUCAGCAACAACAGGAGGAACUUAAGAAAGAAUUUCAACAAGAACAACAGGUGGUGGAUGAGCAAACGGAUAUAAAGGAGGUUUACAAUAGUUUAGAAUAA